AUGAGUUCUUCGUUGGCCAAGAAGCCGUUUCUGCAUCGUGGCCUACCUGAUGUUACCAUCAAAGGUCUGGGCACAGCACUUCGAACUCUUCCGCUUUUUGAUACGAACAAGGCCUUCUUGCGAAUCACCGACCAGGAUGAUCGAUUCUCUUUUAACAUUGAGAGAUCAUCCAAGGCUUCAUCAUCCCUUAUUGGUUCUGAAACAAGCAAUCUGCAGACUUUAACAGAAGCAUCUUUGUUCCUUGUGCAGUAUUUCAACCAACCGGAGCGACCACAAAUUCUGUCAAGCGACGAUAUAUGGAAAAGCCCCGUGGGCGAUAUUGCCUUGAAAUGUAUUCAACAAGCCAGUGGAUCACCCUUGGCAGGCCGUGUAGCACUUGGUGCUUUGAGAGCUCUGCCUGUGUCAUAUGGUAUUUUCGAUAAUGAAGCGUUUCGACCACCUGUGGGUGAAGAGGUUUUGGGUCUCUUACAAAACAUGCCUUUUCACCCCGAGUCUGGUACGAAAGCGGAAGAAAUCCUCAGGCAGAUCCAGGAUCUUGGGGGUGCAGAGGGAUGGCAAUCCCAUACCAAUGAGCUCACAGUUCUCUGGGCAAAACAGCAACAGAUCGUUUCAGAAGAAGCGGAGAACCUUGCUCGCAGUGUUGACACAGUCCCGCACAGCAUGAUUUCUUGGCAAGAUCUGGCAGCAGACCCCUUGCUGCACGUUUUACCGUUGAGAGUACAGGCAAUGCCUAUCAUCUGCUACUUGAAGAAUUGCUCGUCCGCCGAUUUCAUUGUGCAGAGACCUGGGCGAUUGAGCCAAUACAAACACCAACACCCUUCAAACAAUGGACCAGGCACAUGUUUUGUCGCUGGAACAAAGAUCAUUACAAAAUCUGGAAAAAAGCCUAUCGAAGACCUCGAAGAAAACGACUGGGUAUUGACUAACGGAGCCAACGACGAGUGGGGUCUUGUGUCUGACGAAAGGGUUGUCAUCCCAGUAGACUCACCUAUCAUUUACGGGUUCAAUGACGAAGCUCCGUUCUUCACCGCCGGUCACGUCUUUCACACGACUACUGGCUUCCGAGCUCUCGAUGCAGAGCUCGCCAUGAAGGAAAACCCCUGGGCAGAAGUCGGUCGACUCUCAGCUGGUCACAUUCUAUACCGCCUGGGAAAAGAUGGGAGGACAUACGGCCAAGUUCCCAUUCUGGGCAUUAAUUGGCGUCAGAUGCCGGAGGUCACUGAGGUCUACGGUGUCCAUCUUCGCGAGGGUCGGGGAAGUUACCACGCCAAUGACUACCUGGUCAUGGUUAACUACCCAGAGAUUACACUCAAACGAAUUUGUUCCACGCUUGCCACAUUUUCACAGCAGGAUCAAGUGCGCCUUCUGCAGUUAUUGAAAGAACUGAAUCCUCUCUUUGAACGAUUCGGAAUAGCAACUGUUUCCGAGAUGGUUCAGCGCGAAGUCGACGCAGCAAAGAAUAACUUGACUGCGCGGAUGUACAAUGUCACCGAAAACAAGCUAGCUGGUCUUGCGCAUGCUUCGGUAUGCUUCAAUCCAGAGGAGAUACCUACUGUGGACUAUUCUCAGCUUCCGUACGCACUCCCUGUUGUAACUUUGUUCGAUGGAGUUAUUUUAGUAAAUGGAGUCGUCUGCGAGUAUGGCCGUGUCGAUAACGCCAACAGCGAAGUGAGAUGGUCUCGUUUUAUCAGCCAGAACAUAGUUGAACAUGGCGUUUUAUCGAUACAAGACCCACGUUAUCAUUCUGGCAUUGGACGGAUUUGCUACAGUACAGACUACGACGGAGAUGAUUUGUUGGAGCUUCCAGUGUUUCAGUAUAUGACUUAUGGUUCUGAAUGCGAGCUCGAGAUGGACGCUCUCAGUGCAGGUGUCACAAAACAGGAGCUGAUUUUCAAAGCAGCAUCUUUUGAGCCCCUUGAAGAUAACAUAGACGGGCCCAUAGAAGUUCCAGACGGUGAGAUGAUGUUCAAGUCUUUCGAUAUGGAAGAAGAAAAGAUAGCAACAGUUGACGAGAUCAGGGCGUCAGAAGUGCGCGGAGACAGUCCCCAGAACCUCUGCUCCCGCGGUGGAUAUCAGAUUCGAAGUAAAGCCGCGGGACGAGUCAUAUCAGAUGGAAACCCGGGAAUAUUAUUCACUGAUAUCGCGAUCCCUAGCUUGGACACCAUUUUGGCUUUAUGGAAUCGCAAGCAGAGCGACGAGACCUUGAAGAUCUCGCGGUUGUAUGAGACGGCGACCGUGAUGCACAAUGGGCGACUUAAGGCCACCGUCACCAUUCCACCGACGACUUUGGAAAACUUGAAGAGUUUAGAAGACACAAAGGACGCCGAGGAUCCUUCCAAAACUCUAACGUUCAAGGACGAGCUCGGAGAAGAAGCUAAACUGCCUUUGCUGUUUGCUAGGCUGGAGUUGAACUUUUCAGACGACAAGAGUGAAAUUGACUCUGGAAUACUGUGGGAGUAUAACCAAGACCCUUCAAGAGAGGGCGUUGAAGGCGUAAGACACCUGAUAACGUCACGCCCGGGUUCUGCUUCACAGAGAGUACCGAUUAGAAUAAGUCAAGGCCAGAUCGUAGGAGAAAUACCUACUGGAGGGCCAACUGGGGGGCAGACAACGCCACAGAAGGAGCCGAUCUUCCAGCCACCGGUCGGCAAAAGCGAUUUGGCACUGCAAAACCUUCAUGCCAUCUUCGCAAAAUAUAACGAUGAUACGGUAAAAACAACAAGCGAUCAAAUAUUCCAGAACAUCAUGUUCUAUCACAUGGAUCAGAGCCAUGCCUCAUUACUCUCUUCAAAGGACAAGGACACUCGACAGUUACCAGACCAUCUCGGCAGCAAUCUCCCAUCAAAUCUAUUCAAGUGGAUAAAGGAGACCUUUGGCCCAGCCUAUACCUGCCUUCAAAUUGCCCAGAGUCUGCAAACUCGAGAAUGGCGGUCCAACUUUACAGACGAUGAGAAGAAGAGGAUUCUGUACUUUUGGCAAGGACAAGGUCCAAGAUGUCUUGCCAGAUGCCCAGAGAAUUCGACUCUCAAUCGUCUGUGCCUCCUAGAAGCCUUGAAACAGCUUUUCCCCGUCCUGCAAAAUUUCAUCAAUGACGGCGGGGAGAAGUGGGCACAAGCAUACUUAGAUCAACUCCUCAACGUCAAGAUGGACGAUAUCGUGGAGGAUAUGGAAAGCAAUUCACGGAUCCUAGAUAGAUAUACCACAAUCCUUUGGGUGCUGUAUCCAGAUGGAAACUAUCAUGAGCGUUUCCGAGACGCGAUAUAUACCAAGUUUCUCGGUUUCGCCAUGACCCAGCGAGUUAACAAGGAUGCAGUGAUGGACUGGCUGCCGUACAUGACCAAAAGCUUCAUCGACGCCAUCCUCAACGAGAGUUACGAGGGAAUCGACAAAGAAGUGAGAGAUCUGUUGAGAAAGGAGCUGGACACCUUCAUGGCUGCUCAUCGGGAAAUUUUCGAAAAGAACGGGAAAGAAUUCGUAGCCAAGAACUACGCUGACAUGGUCCACAUCCUCGUUUGGGCAGAUUUGGGAUUGAAAUCAGCCAUGAUUAUAGGAAUGGGCUCGUGGAGGCGUGUGAAGUUUGGAAACUGGGACCAUCUGAAGGGGCAGAGCCUCUUGGAGGUAAAUUUAAAGUCUGGAUGGGAAGGCCUUGGGUUAGCGUUCAAGAUGACUCUCCUCGGAUUCAGUAUCUAUAAUAUUGUCAUGGGAAGCAAAGACAUGAGCGCAGCGCAAAUAGGAAGAGUUACCACGGACAAUGUCAGGGAGCUGGUAGGUCAGUGCCAGGUGAUUAACCAGACAUGUGGCGAGAAGUUGCCCGGGUAUGCCCUUGGAAAGGCCCACGAUCUCGAUCUUCAAUUCGACGUUCGCGCAGCUGACGCCAAGGAUUUUCUCGAGCUAGGAAAGAAAAGGACAUCAAGUGAGACCACGUGGUUUGGAAGAAUGAGAGGAAGGCUUUCGCUUUCAUCAAGGGUCAUACGCUGGCUUGGCAUCGCUAUAAGUGUCGUCGUCGUCGCAUUCCUGAUCUGGGAGCUGUGCAACCAAUGGGAUCAUCUUUCCGGCACUGGUAAAGGAUUGGCGAUAGCACAGAUCGCUAUUGAGACGGCGGCCGUUAUUGUUGGAAUCAUUGGCUUGUUCUCUACCUGCGCCCUGAUCCCUGUCACUGGACAAGUACUUAUGGUAAUUGGUCUGGUUGUUUCGAUCUUCUACAUGGUGUAUGGCAGACCGGAACCAGAAAAGACGCCAGGAGAGAAGUUCGUCGACAGUAUGAGAGGAGACAAUGGCUGGCUCAAGAAGAUCGAUGAUCCCCCUUCGACUUCGCUCGAUUAUACCAUCACACCAAUAGAGAUACCCAAGGAUGCAGAUUUCUCUUUCAAAAUCACCGGCAAGAACACCGAGAGUUCGAGCAUCGAAUUCAUCUCUACGCCUAAUGCUGAGAAAUCUGCAUCCGAUACUGAGAUUCUCUCUAUCAAUUUUGGCUUCACCACUGGCUCAGACACCGUGUGCCUGUUAAGCAACGAGUCUUUCAGCACUGCCCCCGAUUCCAAGGACGGAAAAUGUUCCUAUAGUGGUCCAGAUGAUAUUUUCCAGACGAAGCUACACGAGCCGAAUGGCAGAGUUGGUGGGGUGACCUCAUACGAGUACGAGUUGCAGCCACUGCCACAGAAGGAUCCGACUUCAACUUCCAGGCGUUUCUUGCCUAGUGGAGGGUCAUUCUCCGUCAUUGUGUCUGGGAAAACGAGGUCGUCGGAUAAGGAGUUUACAUUGAAACUUGUGGAGGAUCGCCCAGGCCCCGUUUGUGCUAUCAAGGUCCAAACAUUCUCUAGGAAGAAGUAG